AUGGGAUUCGAACCCACGCGUGCAGAGCACAAUGGAUUAGCAGUCCAUCGCCUUAACCACUCGGCCACCUCGUCCCGCCAGAGCUGCCUCUCCCCGGCCUAUCAGGGACUGCACGACUCGGCCAGCGCCUCCUUCCCGCCUCGCCCUCUGCGAGAUGGCGGCAACCGCUCCUCCCUCCGCGGACACCACCGCGCGGGGACUCAGCAACCCUGCGAGCCCGGCGGCUGCCUCGGCAGCCUCAUCGCUGCUUCUGCUGCUGGUGCGGGGCUGGCGGGACGCGCAGGCGGGGAGGGAGCGUUGCGGAGAUCAGGCUGCGGGCUGGAGCGGCUCCCGGUGGGCAGAGGCCUGUGUUUUAUAGGGAAAGCAGAUCCUUCAGGAAUGGACAAGAACAAUCCAGACCCUAACAUGGAAAAUGAUAACACAGAGCACAUCAGAGGGAAACGACUGUCCUCUAUCCUGAAGGCUCCACGACAGCCUCUGGAUGACCUGGGCAGUGGGAACGAGCUGACUCAGGAUCUCAACACAGAAAAACGCCGGAAAAACUCUCGCCGUGUCAGCUUUGCAGACACCAUCAACUGCAGAGUCUUCCCACGAGACCUUAAGAACAACGUGUCAGAGAGGGAGAACACAGGUAAAAACACAAGGAAUGAUGUCUUUCAUAAUCAAAAUGAAGAACCUGAAGCUGUUCCCUGUGAGAUCACUGGGAUGAACACUCUGCUUCAUGCCCCCAUCCAGGCAUCAGUGCAGCAGGCUGAGUGGCAUGAUGAGGACACCCCCACUGCCAGGCCCAGCAGGCAGGACACCACCUUGGUCUUUUCUGAGGGGGCAGAGAUGGAGAUGACAGCAAGUCACACUGCAGUGAUCUCCCGGAACCUGAGGAGCUCUCAGGCUGACUGGACAGAGAAAAUAGACAUCACCUCAUUCCUGGCUGCCCUAAACCCCACCAGUGGGCAGCCAGCAGAGAGCAAAGAGUUCUGUUUCCAGUCUGCCCUCUCGUGCCCAUCUCCUGAGCAGAAGGAGGAGGGGACUGCAGUAAAGAAAAUAGAUUUCAAUGAAUUUCUGAUGAGCUUGAAGUCCCAGGAAAAGGCACCAAAUGCUGUGGAAGGGCCAGAGAAAGAGAACGUUUUCCUGGUCCCUUCCCAAGUCUUGGAAGACAUGGCCCUUUCCUCAGUGGAAUUUGUGUAUCCCCACCAGCAGCUGGACACCUGCAACCUGACAAAAGUCUUCAGAGCCCCAGAUGAUGGGAUGGAGAUGACAAAAUGCCAGGUGCCUGCAGCAGGGCAGUGCCUGGGGGCAGAGGUGACCCAGGCAUUUGUAGAUGAUGGGAUGGAGAUGACAGCCAGUCACACUGCAAAGCUGUCUUGUCCCUUCUCCAGUGCUGGGAAUCAAAGCCUGAACUUCAGGAAGGAUUUCCCACUCACAGAUAAUUCAGUGUUCAGAGCAGCAUCUAAUCAGCACUUAAUUGUUCAGCAGGACCCUCUGCUCUGCACAGACAAAAGAUCAGAGGAUGUUGGAGACAGAGGAGACCUCCCAGUGCUGCGAGCUGUUACACAAGGGCCCAGAACAAUGUCUGCCAUCCCAGGAUCCAUUUCUGCUGAGACUGUCUUCCAAGGUGAUAAAACUCUUGUUUUUUCUAAAUGUGAGGACAUGGAAAUGACUGGGAACUACACAGAUGUAAUCUGGGAUGAGAGCAGCAAGGAAGUGAACAGCUCACAUCGCAGAACUUGUGAGCAGGCAGUGAGUACAAACUCUUCACUAGCAGAAAACAGGACCCCAGCCCCUGGAGGGAAGGAGAUUGCAGAGAUCCUGACACCCUCAGGUAAUGGAGCUCCUGGGGCUUGUAAAAACUGUGGGUUUCAGCAAGCUUCAGGUGAGGAAGGGACCCAAGCUGAGGGGAUUUCUUCAGCAAAUGUUGGUUUUGACUCUGGUACAACUCCAGUCCCUGCUGCUGUCCCUAGGAGUCAGCUGCAGCUCAGCCUUCCAGACUCCCCAGGUGUUUCUCUGCCAGGUGAGAAGACAGUGAUGUUCUCUGGAGAGGACAUGGAGCUGACUAAAACCUCCUCUGCUGUCAGACCUUGUUUCCUUGAUCCCAGAUCUGCUCCUCUCAGUUUAAAGGAAGAGGAAGAAAUGGAAAUGACACAAUGCCAUGCUGCUGUCAUUGAUGAUCAAAGCAGAGGGGGAACUGCAGCAGCAAAGCAAAUGCCUUGGAAAAUAAUUCCCAGGACAAACCAGAACAGAGGUGUGACUGAGGGAACAAGUUCUUUGGAUAUGGAGAAGGAAAAUCUGGAGGUGAUCAGUAUGGAUGGGAAUGUCAGAAGGAGCCAUGCUGGAGAAAACAAUACUAAAGGAAAACCUCUAAAUGCUUUGGUUUCCUGCACAAGUGACAAAAUGGGCAUGUUUUCAGGUGAUCAAAACAUGGACUUACCUGAAGCUCAUCUUGCUGCCUUUGGUGUUGCUCCUGUUCAUAACAGAGUACAGGAGUAUGAGAAUAAUCAUAACCCAAGGGGUGUCACCUCCAAGCAGCUUCCUGGUGUGGGUGUCACCAGCCAGCCUGCAGCCACAGAGUCUGGGGAUGUGACACUGAGCAUGAAGCAGCAGCCUGGUCACCCUUUGCCUCCAAAUGGUUCAUUUAUUCCCAGGAAUGAGCCCAUUCCCUCUGGAAUGAAGGGAAAGGAACAACGUGGAGCAAUGUUAGGAGUGAAUGCAGGCUGGCAGAACUCAGACAAGCAGGAGAAAGCCCACACCAUGAGGGUGGUGAACAAAGGGCUGCCAACUCGGGUGGUUUCUGAGAGAGAGUUUUCCAGUGGUAAAAUGGUACAAGUGGAUUCAAACAAUCCUGCCUCUGCUGAUGGCCCCCACUCAAAGGGUGCUGGAGACCCAUUGCUGCUCAGCACCUCUGCAGCACACAGGAGGAGUUCCCAGUUGCCUUUGUUUUCAGAAAAAUCAGUUUUCUUCCCUUCUGGUGAAAACAUGGAUCUGACUGGGAACUGCACCCAAAUGGGUCUGGAUUGCAACAGCAGUGUGGGUUUGUCAGCAAGAGCAGCAGGACCUGCACACCUUGCUCAGGAUGAAAAUAAAACAAGGGCCUUGCACAGAGGGGUCAGGAUGGCAAGGAGCAGCCAGGAGCUGCCUGCCUGUGAUGUGAGGAGCUUCACCAGGAGUGGUUUCACACUUGUGCCUUUUGCAGGUGAGAAAACCACCCUGUUUUCAGAGGAUGCUGAUAUGGACAUCACCAGGAGUCACACAGUGUCAGCAGACAACAGAAUACUUCUGCAGUGUGGCAGUGGCAGUCCCUUCACCCCUGGAGACAGAACCUGUGUUUUUACCUGCAGUGGUGACAUGGAAAUAACCAGGCUUGAUCCUGUUGCAAUUGAGGAACCCAUGGCAAGGGCUGUGCCUCAGGGGAUGCUCAGCGUGGCUAAAAGGACUGGGAGGAAAAGCUUGAAGGGGGAAAAGACUGUUUUGUUUUCCCUGAGUGAUGAGAAUGAUGAGAUGGAGAUGACCCAGAGCCACACAGCUGCCAUAGGCCAGGAGAUUGUCUCUCAGGAUGAGGGAGGGCCUCACUCUGUCCCUUCAGCUCUCCCUGUCACCUUCUCAAGUGGUCAGGCUGCCAGAGGUGUUCCCAAGCCCUGCUCUGCUGCUCAGGGGACUGUUUGCUGUGGUGACAAAUCACAGGAGGCUGCAGAGCAAACACUCCUGGAGAGCAGAGCUCCUGCCUUUGCCCUGGAUGGAAUGGAGCUCACCCAGAGCCAUCAGGGAGCUUGGGAAGGAAAUUCCCUGCAGGGCAGGCACCCCAAUCCCUCUGCUCCUGGAACCAGCACCAUCCUCUUUACCAGUUACCAGGCUGACAUGGAGAUCACCCAGGCUCAUUCUGAGAGGACAGAAAGAGGCUUCUGUGAGGAGGGGCUCCAGCUGGGUAAGCAGGCUGGCCCCCAGGCUGCUCCAGGUAACAGACCCAUCAUUUUUACUUCAGCAGAGGACAUGGAGGUGAUAACAGCUCAGACAGCUGCACGGCAUGGUGAGAUGGCUGUGCAGGACAGAGAGCCCAUUCCUGCCAUGGCUGCAGCUGAUAAAACCAUGGUGUUCAUCCCCAGCCAGCAUGAUAUGGAAAUCACUGCAUCUCACACAGUGCCUGUCAGUGACAAAGGGUUUGAGAGCCAGCAGGUGACACGUGAAAGCCCCCAGCAGCCAGGCAGGCUCAGUGCCACCCUGCCACCCUGCAGAGAUGAAGCAGAGUCCCUGCAUGCAAAGGAGCUGGGGAGUGGCUGUCACACCCAGCCCAGGGAGAAGCCCAGCACUCCCUUUCCUCUUUCCUCUGCAGCACUGCCUGCUGAGAAGGGAGCUCUCCAGGUCCCCAGUGCCACACCACCAGGUGCCAUCUGCUCUGUCUCACCUCCUGAAGAGAUCAUGGGUGUGGGGGCACCACAGGACCCUGACCUUCCCACAGACCUCUCUGGAAAGACACAGCAGCACCUCCUGCCUCCAGAAAACCUGACAUCAAAGAGGGUGUCUUUGAAGCUUCCAAGUGUUGGGCUCCUGGAUGGCAGUGAAGAAAGUGUUGAUUUGGUGUCCCCACUUCCCAUCCAGCAGCCAAAUUGUGUGGUGGGUUCUCCAGAUGCAGAAAGUAACCAGAGAAACCACUUAUUGCAUGAGGGUUCAUCUGGACGUGAAGCUUUAGCUGCAGACUCAGGCUUGGCUGGAGCAAGCCUUGCUCCUGUUCCUAACAAGGAAGCAAAGGAAAAGGAGGGGCUGCCAGCUGGGGGGGAGAUGCCUCCAAAAGAUUUUCAGAUGAACUCUGAACCAGCUGAGCAGCUUGGGGUAGGUGACAAUCCGAGUGAGCCACCAGAUCCUGCUCUUCAGCCUGAAUUAUCUGGAAUUUUAAACAUUUGUUCCAAACUGAGAAAUAUCAGGAGGAGAUCUGCAGUGUUCCCAGUCUCUGACCCUGCCUUUUCUGACCAGUUGCCCAAAUCCCCAGCCCAGCCAGAGGAUACCUUGAGCUUAGGAGAAAAUACAGGAGCUGAACCAACUCAUUUACUGCACCCCAAAGAGCAGGAGGACACAGGUCUUGGAUCUGGAGCUGCUCCCAGAGACCCAAGCUCAGGCAUAGUACUGAAAGAUAAAUAUCAAGGAAUUAAUGUCCCUCUGGGUAUCUUCCAGCCAAAAUUACCAAGCAGAAGAAACCCUUCUGUUUCUGGUGUACAGGACAGGAACACAAAACCUUCAGACCAAGGAGAAGCAGCAGUUUCUGAAGGAAACACAAAUGCUGGUGACAGCCCAGGUGACAACAAGGCCACCAGGCAGCACUUCAGCCCUUCCUGGUUUGUAGCAGAAGAUUUUCUCCCCAUCUGCCUCGAAGAAAUGGAUUCAGGUGAAUCUGUAAGCUCUGAACUCUUGGAAAAUGCCUGCACUGAGAUAAGGGAGAAACAAAUCCCCCACAAUGAAAAGAAUCAGUUUGAAGAGACAAAAACUUGCAGCAGCACAAAAAGAGCUUUGGAACAAGAUGAGGAGGAUCUUCAAAGUCCAAAGAAGCCCAAGAGUGAUGAGAACUUGGAGGGUGAGGACUCUCAAGACUUGCAGGAAACUUCAGGUGCUGUGUCUGAAAGCCAAGGAGAAGCUGCAGGAGGUGAAGCUGCCAAAGCCCCUGCCUGCCCUCAGCCCAGCACCAGCAGCUCCCUGGACUCAGGGAAGGCUGACACAGGAUUCACAACCCAGCCCAGCAGUCAGGUGGAGUCUCAGCUUCUCACAGACAGCAUUUGUGAAGACAACCUACGGGAGAAACUUGAGAGUGGUGUUAUCACAGUUGGGGAGUUCUUCACACUUCUUGAAGUCCAUGUUCCAAUCCAGAAGCCCCGGCGCAGCCAUGUUCCAGUCACUUGUGCAGCCAGCACACCCCCUGCUCCAGAGGAUCUGCUCUACACCCGGUACGUCUAUCGCCCCAAGCUCUGCAUUUAUGAGGAGGAUUGCCAGGCCCUGGCUCAGAAGAUAGAUGAGUUAAAACCAUAUGCAACUGUCCAGGAUCAGCUCCUGGUGAACGUGAACAGGAGCUUUUGGGAAGUGAUGAGAACCUGCUCUGAUGAAGAGCUGAAGAACUUUGGGGCAGAGCUGAACAAAAUGAAAUCCUAUUUCACCAAGGAGAGUAAAAUCCUGGCUCACAAUGAGAAAGCAGAACUGUACAGCAAGCUGCUGCAGAGUGCACAGGAGCAGCACAGGAAGCUGCUGACAAGAAUGGAGAAGCUGGAUGGAUUGCUCCAGGAGGCAGAGAGCUGCUUUGGGCCUCUGGAGGGAGAUUCUGGCAGGGAAGGAUGGGAAGCAGAGGGCAGUGGUGGAGUGGCAGAAGGGAAGAGCCUGAAGGAAGAACUGGAGAGCUUCAGAGCCCAAGAAGAGAAACUUCAGAGAGAACUGGCAGAUCUGGAGACUGAGAAUGAGCAGUUGCUUGUUCAGAUCAACCUGCUAAAGGAAAAAGAAAGAAGCUUCCAGGAACUCCUGGAGAAAUAUGACUUCACUGAGUGGGAGGUGACUGAGUGGAACCAGCAGCAAGCAGUCUUUAAUUUCCUUUAUGACUCCAUCGAGCUCACAGUGGUGUUUGGACCCCCAGUAGAGGGUGAUGUUUUUGGUGAAGAUCCUUCCAGAAAGAUAGUCAGCCUGAGCUUUGAAUCUCUCCUGGAUGAGGAAAAAGCUCCACCCUCCUCAUGUUUGGUCCAAAGACUCAUCUUCCAGUUCAUUGACAGCCAGGGGUGCUGGCAGGAGAAGUGUCCCACACUGUACCACCUGCCCCAGGUUCUUCAGGAUGUCUCCUUGGUUGUGAGUCACUGCAGGAGCCUGGGGGAGGAGAUUGAGUUUCUGGAGAGAUGGGGUGGGACAUUCAACCUCCUGAAGACAGAUAUCAGUGACACAAAGGUGAAGCUUCUGUUCUCUGCUUCCAGAGCUUUUGCCAAGUUUGAGCUGACCCUGUCUCUCUCUGCCAGCUACCCCUCUGAUCCUCUGCCUUUCAGUGUCAGGAAGCAGGUUGGGAAUAUCGGGGAGGAGGAGAUUUCUGCUCUGCUCUCCAAGGUGCCAGCUGGUGACCACUACCUGCAGAGAAUUGUCAGCCUGAUCCAUCAGAACCUGCUCCAGGCUCCCAGAUGAUUCCCUGGAUCCAGGUGCAGGACAGAGUUUGGCCUUGUAAGAGCUGCAGCUUUCUCAGCAGGAGGGGAGAGCUCAGCUCUGCUCUCAUCUUGUCUGAUGCUGGGUUGUGCCAGGCAUCAGAGGUCUCUGACAAGAAGGAAGAACUGGUUACACUUCUCACAGAUCCAAGCUUCCUCUUACCUUUUUUCUGGUGCUCUUGGUGUGCUCUUCCCUGGUGUGGUUGUGUUCCAGACAUCAGGUGUUGGGUUUGUUCUGGGUUGAUUUACAGAGCUCUUGUACAAACCAGUGAUGAGUAUUAAUGAAUAUUUCCCCAAUUAACACCACUGGAAUCCCUCUGGGUUGGUACCAGGCUUUCCAGCAUCCACCAUCACACUGGAUCUCUGUUUCCUGGGAGCCUUCCCAAACCCCAGGACACACAGACCUCUUCCUGCCUCUCCAGCUCACCUCCAAACCCCUCCAUGGGAUCCUCCUCUCCAGCUGCAGCUUUGUUGGGACAUCCAGUGCCCUCUGCAGCCUGGAUCCUGGAUCCCUGAGCCUGGGAAGUGCUGGGAUGUGAGUGGGGAGAUGGUUUGGGUCAGGAAUGCCCCUGGAAUGCCCCUGGUGCUCCCAGGCUCUGUGUAUAUUCUGUACAUUCUGUAGCUGAGCUGGCCCAGCCCUUGCUGUAAAAGCAGGUUGUGCAUCUCUGUAAUGUUCUGGGUUUAACAGUUUGCUGUGUGUUGAUGUAUUUUUGUCCUUUUACAAGUUUUCCUUCUGUUUGGAAGGUGGAAGUUCAUUAAACAUUGGAAUUCUUGCUCUUCCUCCUC